CAGAAAGUAGUCUUGUUAUAAUAGAUUGGUAACUUGUAAUCUUCGAUAUAUAUAUUUUUCAAUAUAAAUUUAAUAAAAAGACCUUGAAUACCAAUUUAGGUGACAAAUUGAAAAUCAUUGUUUCCAACGGUGGAUAUAUAAUUUAGCCGAAAUUAAUUUAUCUGCAAACGAAAGGUCGCGACCGUGGCUCUAGAGUAGCGUGAGAAAUUUUCGAUUGCGGUCAAACUUAUUUUGCAAUCUGUGGCUUGGGACCUAGCCGUAGUCGCUCCAGCUCCUACAGCUCCAGUUAAUUGUUAGCUGUUCACCUGCUCCGAGAUGGCUUGGCCAAUUUUAUGGCUACUUCUUACCAUAGCACAUUUUGUAGAUCCCCAACAAACAACUGCGGGGGAAUGUUGUUCUGAUGAUCAAAAUACUGAGGUGGCAGAGAAUGAGGUACAAGAAGUGGAGUUGGCAGCCGCUUGCCCUGAGCUCAGUGAACAAAUCAUUGGUGGUAGGCCGAGUUCGAUAACCAGGCACCCGUAUCAGGUGUCUAUGGUGAUGAACGGAAACUCUUUCUGUGGUGGUUUUAUAAUUAGCAGAGAUUAUGUUCUCACAGCGGCACAUUGUGUGCAAAACACAGCCCCAGAAGCAAUUCGAUUGCGAGUGGGCAGUACACGACGAGACUCCGGAGGUCGCAUCGUCAGUGUGUCUGCAGUCACCGUGCACCCUCAAUACGGGCAGCCACAGUUUGACCAUGACAUUGCUGCAUUGCGACUUUCACAGCCACUAGUUUUUGGGCCAGCAAUCCAACCUAUUAGACUUCCUCGACCUCGUCAAGCUGUACCGCUUGUGCGAUUAACUGUUACUGGCUGGGGACUUACUGCUCCGGGAGGGCGUAGAAUUCCAAGGACAAUGAUGGAAGCCAAUGUACCAGUUGUUCCACACUGGUUAUGUAGACUUUCAUACGGAGACUCGCUCACGAGAAAUAUGUUUUGUGGGGGGCACUUCCUAAUCGGAGGCGUAUCAUCAUGUCAGGGUGAUUCUGGCGGUCCAGCAGUUUUCAGAGGAACCGCUUUUGGUGUUGUAUCGUUUGCUAGAGGAUGCGCUCUGCCUUUGUCGCCGACCGUCUUCAGUAACAUAGCCUCUUUACGAGACUGGGUCACACAGACUACUGGAGUUUGAUCGUCACUCUGAAAUGAACUUUAUACCAGUGCAAGAGAGUUUAAAAUAGCAUGAGAGUGUCUGUGAUAUAAAUAAAGAACAAAUAUUUGAGCUCGUACGCCUGUUCUGUUUAUCGACUGUUUUUAUUUAUUUUGUUACAUUUAAAAAUAAAGCUUACAUAAUGAA